AUUAGACUAUCAUAGUCUGAUAAACAAGCCUCGAAACUGUAAACCAGAUUUCAAAGGAAGUCUCCUCAUUCCUUCCUUUUUCUGCCACAGCUCUCUCUCUCUUCUUAUAUCUAUCGGUUCGAUUUCGCUCUAAAAACACUUUCCGUUUUAUAACUUCUCUCUCUAAGACCUGCUUGAGUUGAAAUUUCGUCAACUCUACGAGUUGAAAUCUCUUCAGCUUUCCAUUGCUUUGUAUCGACUUGAAAUUCCGAAGUUGGGGUUUUCAUGUCUUUUUCUUCUUCUCUUCCUCUUUCAUAACUGUUUUCAGUUGAAAUCUCUUCUACUUUCUAUUGAUUUUGAAUCGGUUUAGUGAGAUUCCGAGUGUGGUUUUUCCUCUCUCUCCCUCUCUCUUUCAGAACUGAUUGGAGAAGAAAUCUCUUCAACUUUCCUUGUUAGAAUCCUUUUAUAAAGAUUCCAAAGUUGGUUUUGUCGCUUUCUCUCACCAGCAGCUGAAAUCUCAUUAGCUUUCCAUGCCUUUCGGAACCUUGUAGAGAUUAACCUGCGUUUCUCUGCUUUCUCUUCUCCUUCUCUUUUCAAUGGCGAAGAAGCACCUCCAAGAGCUCUUGAAUGAAGAGCAAGAGCCCUUCGUUCUCACCAACUACAUCAAUGAAAGAUGCUCACAGCUUCGAAAAUCUCCUCCCAAAACCCAACUCCACCUCAAACGACGAAAACCCAUCUCCCAAAAUCCCAUUUCGCCCUGCAAUUUCCGCAAAAACGCCUGCUUUUUCCCCUCCCGCGCCAUAAAAAACUCACCUCUUUUCGAUUUCCAAUCCACCCCAACAAACCCAUUUCUCAAAGCUGCUCAAAAGUCCAAAACCCCUAAAAACCUCAGCUUUGGGCUCUUGGGUUCGAUCCUGAAGAUAAUCUCUCCGAGAAAGAAGCCUCAGAAGCGUAAAAUCUGCGUAGAGGAGAUUCGAGUCUCAGUCAGAGAUAUCUUGAGAUGGGAUUCGUUCGAUGGAUUGCAAACAUUUUCAGAGGAGAAGAGCGGAGAAGCUCUGGAAAUGGGAGAAAAUAGGAUUUCCGAGGUGGGUUUUUCGUGUUCUUGCGAGAGCAGCGGAUGGUCUGAAGAUUUCGAAGGGAAAUCGAUGGAUUUGGAGAUCUGGAGCAAUGAAAGCAGAAGCAGCUGUUGCAGGGCGCUGGAUUUGGAAGAGACCGAGGGAGGUAGCGGGCAUUGCGAAAAAGCCUUUUGCUCGAGCCCAUUGAGAUUCCAAGGGCUGGAGAUGGUGUCAGAUUCCGGCCACAAGACGCCGGAAUUCUCCUCGCCGGCAAUGACACCCAGUCGCCGGAAAACAGAGAUCCCAGGGAGCACGUUGUUUCCAUGCACAGGUGGCAAUGAAAGUGCUAGCAGCUCCCAUAAGGAGCUUGAGGAAGAAGAGAAAGAACAGUUCAGUCCUGUUUCGGUGUUGGAUGCUCCUUUCGACGACGACGAUGAAGACAGUCCUGAGGAAGCAGAAGGAGACGAGGAUGAUGAAAACUUUGAACACACAUUUGCAGCGGUGCAGAGAGCAAAAAACCAGCUAUUGAACAAAAUUCAAAGAUUUGAAAGGCUAGUGGAUUUAGAUCCCGUUGAAUUAGAAAAGAGAAUUGCAGAAGCAGAAUUAGAAGAAGCAGAAGCAGAAGCAGAAGAAAAAUGCACCGAAGAGGAAUCAGUAAUAAAUGAGACUGUGGAGGAAUUGGUUAGACUUGUUCUUAGCAGAUCAGACGGCUAUCUUCAGCCAAAGAGAAUCCCAGCUGACAUGAAGAGAUUGGUAUUGGACCUCGCUGAAGAAGAGAGAGGAGAUGAUGAUAUGAUGGAUGUGGAAGUAGUCACGAAGAAGGUUGCUGAGAGAAUCGAAUUGUGGAAAGAUGUUGAGCCUCACACUAUCGAUAUGAUGGUUGGUUUGGAUUUUAGAAGGGAAGACAAUGAGUGGCGGAGAAACAUUGGGGAGUCACGGGAAGUGGCGGUCCAGAUCGAGUUCGCCAUCUUUGGGUUGUUGGUCCAUGAGUUAACGGUCGAUCUCGCUCGAUCGAAUCACCACUAGGAUGUUUUAUUUUUCGAUUUUGCUUAUAUUUGUUUAUUUUAUGGGAGGGGAGGCUAACAUGCGACAGGGCAUGUAGGUUAACUGUGACAUGUAUGUAUGUACGUUACAAGGGCGAAUGGAUUUUGAGGAAUGCUAAAUGGAGCCUGGCUAUUGGGAAAACAGCACCUGGCAUGUGGUGAUUGGUCAGGCAAUCAUGUGGGGCCCGCCCCGACGUGCACACGCAUGAUCUAAUCAUCACGUAACUGGACAAUGUUGUACUGGUGGGAUGGCUCAGCUUAGCAUUCUUUGGAUGGAAAAUUUUCUUUGUGACUUCUCUAACAAUUGGAAUCAUAUGUUGAGCUGUUUAUUUUA